CUUCGCGGCAGAGCAAUCCUGCAAGUGCUGCAGAGACUGCAGCCUCAGUGUUUACGCAGUUUAUGGUGCGGCAAAGUACGUGGUCUGCACCAGGGCGCGCAGUGCGAUGCAAAAAGCUAGCUCAGUAGCCCUUCUCUUGUGGGUUUUAGCAGUGGUAGGGCCUGUUUUUGACUGCACUCUGGAAUUGCUAGUGUCUUACUACCGCUAGCUAGCCGGCGCCGGCGCUUUUGUUGCUUAGACGCGCCCGCUGUAGCCGCAGAGCGGUCUCACAGCAUCAUAUCACUGCCAGCGCAGCGCGUCGCCGCCGCGGAUCGCUUUUCUUGGCACGCCCGCGCCCCGCUGGCCUGUAGUCCAGCCUCGCCUCAGCAGCCCGCGACGCGGCACCAAAGCAACCAUGCCGCCCAAGAAAAGAAAAGCCGAAGCCGAACCGAAAACGGAAGAACCUUUAAUAGACCUGCCGCAAGCCCCCCAGGCGACGGAGGACACGCCGGCCGACCGCGAGAUCCCCGGCCUCGAUCCGAAGGACCCUUUUUACGUCGAGAAGAGCCGGUUACUGACGAAGGACACGGUCUUUCUCGGAAGAUCGUGUAAGCAGGCUCUGCUCGAGUUCCAGAAGUUCGCGAAUGCCGCUUGUCUGCGAAAUAAAAAUGCCGAUGAUGCUCCAGAUGAGCAGGAGGUCGAAAGAUUGCGUAGUAAAGCUCUCAGGGAAUUACGACUCUUCAGUGUGGAGAUCAAGAAGCAAAAACUGCAGGCCCGGGCUUGUGAAAGAGAAAUUGCCGAUUGCGAACGCAUGGAGGCAGAAACAACAAAGGAGAUCGCCGCGGCGGAAGAGCGCAUCCAGAAGCUGCGGGAGCGGCUGAAGGAGGAGCGGGCCGUGCGGGCUCGGAAGGAAGAAUACGAGGCCCUCGCGAAGUUGAUCAAUCAACUACCUUCCAAAAAAGAAAGUAGGGCGGCGAUUGAUCGGUUGGAGGCCGACUGUGCCGCUCUCGAAGCGAAGAAGGCCAAGUUGGAUGCGAUGUAUAACGAGAAGUCGGCGCGCGUCGCGGGCGUCCUGCAGCUGCUGGACGACCUCGAACGAAGCGAGCUGGAGGAGGAGCUCGAGAAGCAGAUCGAGGAGGCGCGCGAGCCGAAGGUGGAGGUCGUCGCCGAGGCCGAAGAGGAGGACGCGAUGGACGAGGACGACGACGGGGAGAUCAAGGAGUAA